GACUGAUUGGGACAGCAGGCAAAGAAAUAUUCAUAUACCAGCAACAAGACCGGUUGCAAAAUCCUUAACGUAUACAUAAAUGUAUACCAUAUGAUUAAUCAAUUAAUUUAGCAUCAGCAAUGACCGAUCAGCCAGAGAGGAAUGAAUAGUAAUGUUUUUAAUAUUGGCAAUUUAACACUGGCAGACACACAGUGCCUGCUUAGCAAUACAGUCAGCUAGCUGACCAGCAGCUCAAACUUGGUAAUUUAUGAGCAGAGCUACGUUAGCUAGUUAGCACCACAGGCUAGUCCAAAAUACGCUUGCACCUCAACUUCUUUGGGGUUUCGGUCAAAUUGUGUGGUCUUCGUGCAAAUAGGUCACUUAAGGAUCCUUGCACAAUUGUAAAACUCCGGAGACCAUUUGAGAACUGGCCGGCUGCUCUUGACAUUAAAGUUACUUGGCAUACAGCCCCUUGAGCAUACAUUGUUAUGUGUAGAAUGUAAACUAAUUUGUAACAUCAAACUUGUGAAUCAGAUCAUUGUUUUAAAUGGGGGAAAACAAUUAUAAGUCAUUUUUAGGUCAGGUACUUGGAAUUUAUGUCUGUUGUAAAAUUAUAGCCCGAUGAACGGCGUGUACACGCCCCAUGCCCACGUAGAUCGCAGCGAUCACUUGAUCCUUGACCCAACAUCUUGGAUAUUCAGUUGGUCUUAAAUUGAUCACUCUGUUUAUCAGUCAUGAAUGGCUCGCUCUUAACUCCGCCUAGCCCUCGUGCUGCGGCUGAUUCGUCUCCUCUCCCACCCUCCCCAUCUCCCUCCCCUUCUCCUCCAUCCCCAUUGCUGUUGCCCCUCUCUACAAGACCCCCACCGUUGCCUCCUCCAACUCCUGCGGGUCAGCCGUUGUCCUCUUUAUCUGACACACCCACACCAUCUCCAUCUCCCUGUCUUAGCUGGACAGAGUUCUGUGAGCUCCACGCACGGGUAGCCGCUGGUGACUUUGCCCGUCAUUUUCGGGCCUUCCUGCAGGAGAACCCGCAUUACUCCCCUGAUUCCGCUGCUGCUUUUUGUCGGCGCUUUACAGACAGAUUUGUUCGACAUUUCGAGAGUGAACUUGAGGGGACUGCCGUUGGUAGAGAAGGAAACUGGGUCGCCCAAUCAGAUGUUACAUCACUGGAGGAGGAUGCAACAUCUCCACCCCUGCUGCCGCCAGAGGCUACCACCCCCUGCCCCCCCACUCACAUUCGUUCUGCGUCCAAAUGUCUGUUACCCCAGCAUGGUCACGAGGAGGCCCGCGGUGUGGAGAGAUUUCAGAACCCUGCAGCAUUUCAGGACCCUUAUGCUCAUACGCAAAUUCUGCCCCCUUCAUCCUCUUCUUCAUGCUCUUCCUCAAUGGGCGGGAAUAAUGGGCGGAGGGAGGAUAGGGGACUGACAGGUAAACAGUAUCAUCACAAUCCAUCUGGCUACAAAGACCUAGAGGAAGAAGAGGACAGCUGGGCGGGGCCUGUAACUGAAGAGGAGGUGGACACAGACAUAGCAGAGAAAGACAAUGAGGCAGAAGGUGAUGGUACCUCAGAAAGAUCUGAUCUCAGCCAGACUCCAGCAUGCCUCAACCCCUCUGGCACACCAGCAAACUCUGGGUCAAAAGGCAAUGGUACGCCCAUGGGGAGUCACUCCAAAAACAAACUAAAAAAGCGUUUUUCUCUGCGCAGCGUGGGCCGUAGUGUUAGGGGGAGCGUGCGAGGUAUCUUACACUGGCGCAGCUCCUCCAGUGAAUCCCCACAGAACUGCAAUUCGGGUAACUCCUCCCCUCUUCCUUCCAGUUACAGCUACACUACAGGUUUGCAAGAUGGCAAGAGGAACUCCCAGGCUGUUCCUACUUCUCUUCCUGUCUCCCUCUCCCUUCCCCUCUCCCUGCCCCACUCUUCAUCAUCAUCUUUGCCUCCAUCAUCCUCCAGCAGCGCAACCUCCCUCUCGUUCUCCGAGGCCCGUGAUUGGCGGAGGAGCAAUGGAGAUGGGGAGAAGGAGAAGUGGAGCCAGAGGUUGGAGAAAUUACGACUCUCCCGGUCACCACCACCGAAUCUGUCCACUGCCGCUGCACUCUCCUUGGCCAUAUCGCCAUCCGCUUUGCCUCCCAGCAGCGCUGGUGCACCCAGGAAAAUGGGCAGGCUGGUCCGAGAGGGGGGUGUGACUGUGUGCUCAUCUUUGGAUGAAUUUUCUAGCACUUUCGGUUUCCCGGGUUUCUCGUUUGGACUGCUGCACCACGGCACGGACAACACCAACGCCGCAUCGAUGCAUCCUCCAGCCACGGGAGGAGCUGCUGGUGGGCGGGGUAUGCGUUGGCACAAGUGUCGUCUGGUACUGAAAGAACGAGAUAAGGAUGGAGGGGAUGGAGGACUGGAGUAUUUCCUUGAGUUUUACAUCCCACCAAAGUCCUCAAAGCCUAGACUGACUGUCCCAUGCUGCUCCAUUGUUAACGUCAGAAGCACUACAGCUAUAGAGGUGCCAGACAAGGAGAAUACCUUUCUUCUACAAUUGGAAGGUCAGGUGCAGUACGUGAUCGAGACCAGAGAUGCAGUUCAGAUGAGAGCUUGGCUCAGUGACAUCAGAAAUGCCAUUUGUCUGAGUGAGCAAGAGGACGUUGAGGGAGUUUGUGGCAGUGCUCUCACCGAGCUCAGCGGAACGCCAGAAUUCAGUGACCGUCUGUCUCAAGUGUGCUAUGGUGGAGUCAGUGGAUCUCCCCAAUUGGAGCCUCUACCUCCCGAGUUACCACCCCGUGCCCCUCUCGAUGAAUUUGGGGGCGGAGCAAGUCUCGGCACUCCUUUUGCCGAAACUCCUGAUGCGACAGGGUCGUUCCUGUUCUCCGAAGGUUCUGUGUCAGAGACAGUGGAACAUCCUCUCAAUGAGUGUCAGUGGUUUCACGGCACACUGUCUCGUCUUAAGGCGGCCCAGCUGGUGCUUGCAGGCGGCAUGGCCAGCCACGGGGUGUUUCUCGUCCGGCAGAGUGAGACACGGCGCGGGGAGUACGUCCUCACGUUCAACUUCCAGGGCAAGGCAAAGCACUUACGGCUCUCCUUGAAUGAGGAUGGACAGUGUCGGGUGCAGCAUCUUUGGUUCCAGUCCAUUUUUGACAUGCUGGAGCAUUUCCGCGUGCACCCCAUUCCUCUGGAAUCUGGGGGAGCCUCUGACGUCACCCUCAUCAGUUUUGUGGGGGCCACGAAUGUCCGGCAACCAGACUUGACCAGCAGACCCCGUAGUCCUCCUCAGCCACCACCUCUGCCUCCUGGACGCCCACCGCCCCCCACCCCUCCGCAGGACCGAGGGAGCGAAACAGAGGCUGCAGGAGGAGGUGGAGCCAGCAGUGCGGCGGAGGAGUGCGAGGACCGCGACAGGGAUCCGCCUCUGCUUCAGCUGGAAGGGGUGGAGGGCGAGGAGAGGGAAGGAGGGAGGGCAAGAGCCAUUGAUAACCAGUACUCCUUCGUCUAAGCAGAAUGAGAGUGAAGAACGAGGUGGGAUAUGGAGGAUGAAGAGGAAAGCCCUUCACAAGCAGUAUUUUUUUUUCUUCAUCAGAAGAACUGAUCGAGGGUGUCCCAGAACCAAGUUAUUAACACUAUUGAACAGAGAGAGAGAGAGAUGGAGAGAAUGUGAGAGAGACAUCCAGAAGUAUAAGCAUAUAUGAUAUUGACGGUACAUUAUUAAAACACUAAGUAACGGUACUACACUAUAAAGGACGGUGGAUUGUAAAAAUUAUUGAUCAGCUCUUACUAAUCUGUUCUCUAGUGAAAGUCAUUGCUAAAGUUCCUCUUUUGGUGCUGCUGCAUAGGAAGGUACAAAAGCUUCAGCAUCAACAAUGUUGAAGCAUGCAGAAAGGUACCACACCAUAGAGCAGUGGUUCUCAAACUGGGGGGGGGGGGCAAGGGGGCCCCAGUUUAAUGACAUUUUAUAAAAUACAUUCAUUUAUUAUAAAUUCUGUGUAAUUAAACCUCAGAAAAAUAAGGCUACUAACCAACAGCACUACAUUGUGUAAUUUAAUAUGUUUUGUUUAAUAUUGUUUUAUGUCGUAAAUGUUUUUUUUGGGGGGGGGGGAAUGAAGGGAUGCACCGUACACAAGGGGGCUGCAAGCCGAAAACGUUUGAGAACCACUGCCAUAGAGUGCCGCAGGGAUGACGUAUUUUUGUAGGCCAACCCGGAAGUUUGCGGGACACUGGUUCCCUUGACAAAGCCCAUUUUUAAUUAUUUUAUUUUUUUGUUAAUUAUGUUAAAUUAAUUUAAUAGACUUUUGGAUUAUUGCAAACAGAAGAUCAGUGUUUAACAAAAGUUUGACACUUGCGCAUUUUGUCCAACAAGAUAAUCUUCACAGAUUAACACAAUUUUGAAGCCUAAUUUUAUUAUAUUUUGAAGUUUCCUAGAAAUUAAAAGGUACUACUUUCUCUCCAGAUCAAUGCCAUCACCACCAAGCUUCGGACAACUUUUUCAAACUUUAUUAAACGCAUUUAAUACAUGUUCCCUGAUAAGGACAUACUCUGUGUAUUCUUUUUUUUUUGGAAAUUGUGCCCAUCUUGCAUUGUUUUUGAGAUCUUCGUGCUUGAUGACGAUUAAAGUCUCCGACAUAGUCCCAUGUAGCAACUUGUUAGCAACCACCCUGUUAAAGCUUUAAAAUCAUGAGUGAGGCUAUUACUGUCAUAGAGUAAAAUGUGAAAAUAUCUUUGGCUUAUUUUAACCCAAGAUCUUAUUUAAGGAGUUUAACCGAAACCCCAUUGACUUCAGGAUGAUGGAACCAGAAGUGCUAAAAUGCUAACCUAAAACCUAGGUUUUGCCUACAAAAAUGUGUCAUCCCUGCAGCAUGCUAUUGUUACAGUGUGUUUGCCUCCCUUAAUAAUUUAAUUGUCUGGUGUUGCCUAGCCCUUCGCACUUAUACAAAAAAGUUUUUGGAAAGCACCAAUGUAUUAGCCUAUAAUCGGUAUCGGCAGAUAAAAGCAAUUUUUUUCACUGUCAGAUAUCAGCCAAUUGUUAAAAAACAGCAGACGAUCAGGGCAAAUUAUAUCCUGGCAAAUUUAAAGGGGUGGAAAACACAUCAGAACUGAUAAUGCUUUGUGAUUGUUUUGAAAUUGGGUGACAAACAAAGGAUUAAAAAGCAAAUCUAUCAGUGUUGGUAGAUGUCAUUCUAAGUAAUCGGAUAUCAGUAUCGGCACAAUUUUGUCCCUUUUUUUUAUUUCCUCAGGUGAGCAGAUAUUUUUACUUAUUCAGGGUUGUUACCCACCAGCACUCUUAUAUACUGGAGUUUUGAUUGUUUUUUUUCUGUUUGUGUUCUGCCACUGAGAAACUAAGAAUGUCACAAUGUAAUAUCUUUCCUCCUUCCUGUUCAUUUCAAUUGUACUAAUCACUAGUUAGUUGUGCUUAAAAUUGGCCCAGCCAUAGCCAAAAAAGCCCAAUUCUCCGAAAUAGUGAUAUUACUUUUUAAGGUUAAUUACAAUAUUAAACAUCUCCAUAGACUCCAUUAUUACCUCAGAGUCCUGAUCUGUUACCCAGCUUCUCUCUGUGUAUGAGAUCACCUAGCAUACAGACCAAGGACGAAUCCUCUACUCUCCCCCUAUCUCACUCUCUCUUUAUAUGUUACCGUUACGUUUAGCUCUACAACCUUUUUAUUAGUGCAUUUAUUUUAAAGAUGGAGUCCAGAGGAGGGAGAGAGAAUGCCCUUCAUUAGAAAAAUGCUGAGUACGAUAAUGACAAUAAUAACUGAUAAUAAUGAAUUUAAAAUGAAUAAUUGUUCAAAUAAUAGUAUUAUUUUAAUUUUUUGUUUGUAAAAUGCCUUUUUUUUGCUGUUUAUUAUAUGAACACACAAUAUUUGUUCUCCAAGAGCUGUUUUCUGUUUAUAAUUAUUUGUGCCUUUUUAUAUCUCACACUGUUCCCCGCUGCUGUCUCCUAAACUUUCGGUUUCUACAGAUUUCAGGAAAAUUUUGUGAAAAGGAAAAUAAGAUGGUCCCUUUCUUCUUGUGCCUUUUCGUGUUGUUAAUUGUCUUUCCCUCUUGUUUUGUGCCAGUCAUUUUUGAGUUUGUGCCUCAAGUCUUUUAUUGCAUCUGAUGUUCAGUUUAGUGCCUGCAUCUGUAAUCUCAUCUUUCAUUUCAUUUUUUUUUUUGCUUCAUUUAAGGUUGCUCUUCUUAAUCCUACAGAUCAUUCAGUUCGAUUUGUCGUUUGCUUCUUUUUCGCCUCCUUUUAUCCUUUAUUUAAACCUCUUAUUGUGCCUUCUCUCUCUUUUCUCUCUGUCUGUCUGUCUAUCUGUGCUGGGACCGUGUGUUAAGUGGACAGUGUUGCCCACUCUGUGUAAUUAGUUUCAGGUACUACAUUGAAUUUAAUGAUGAUGAUGAUGAUGAUAAUAAUAUGAUAUAAUAUAAUUAUACUGAAA